AUGGCGACCUCUCGAACAAUGGAACUCAAAGCCAAGUACGACUUCGUCAAGUUCCUCUUACACGAUAUCAUUAUUACCAUAACAUGCUAUGGAGACGGAGAGGGUUUCCCCCAGAUAUUGGAAGUAGAGCUCAUGGAUUUCGACAGUCUGCCCCGUUAUGCCGUCUUGUCCCAUUAUCUGCUAUGGGACCUGGAUACUUUCAAGUACUAG